AUGGGAGACUCUAGCAGCUCAGGACAGACGGGAGACUCUAUUAGCUCUGGACAGGAGGAAGGCUCUGGCAGCGCUGGACAGGUGGGAGCACCUGUAGGCAGAAGACUGAGAGACAGUCUGGUGCGGGGGGCUGCCACCGGAGGGCUGGCUUCCAGCCGCUUCCUUGCUGCCUCCUCAUACCAGCGGCUCUCUGCCUUCGCUGCCUCCAGCUCUGCCUUGGGACGGCGAUAUUCCCCUGGCUGUGCCCGGGUUCCUUUACCGUCCAUAAUCUCCUCCCAGGUCCAGGAGUCUUGUCGCGAUGCAAAGGGACAGUACCUGUUUGAUCUCAUCUGUCACCACCUUAACCUGCUGGAGAAGGACUACUUUGGCAUCAGAUAUGUGGACCCAGACAAACAGAGGCACUGGUUGGGGUUUACAAAAUGUAUUGCCAAACAAAUGAAAUCCCAGCCUCCAUUCACCAUGUGUUUACGUGUCAAGUUUUACCCUCCUGACCCGGCUGCCCUGAAAGAGGAAAUCACAAGAUAUCUAGUCUUCCUACAGAUCAAGAGAGAUCUGUACCAUGGUCGUCUCCUGUGUAAGACGUCAGAUGCUGCCAUGUUGGCUGCCUACAUACUACAAGCUGAGGUUGGUGACUAUGAUCCUGGAAAGCAUCCUGAGGGCUACAGCUCUAAGUUCCAAUUCUUCCCUAAACACUCAGAGAAGCUGGAGAGACGCAUCUCUGACAUCCACAAGACAGAACUAAUAGGACAGACUCCAGAAGAGUCCGAGCUGAACUUCCUGCAGAAGGCCCAGGAGCUGGAGACGUAUGGUGUGGACCCUCACCCCUGCAAGGAUGUGUCAGGGAACCCUGCCUUCCUGGCCUUCACUCCGUUUGGCUUCACUGUCCUGCAGGGGAACAGGAGAGUCCAUUUCCUCAAUUGGGACGAGGUGACAAAGCUGAAGUUUGAGGCAAAGACAUUCCAUAUAUAUGCAAAUCAGAAAGAGGACAAGAAGAUCAUCUUGACAUAUUUUGCACCUACACCUGAGGCCUGUAAACACCUGUGGAAGUGUGGAGUUGAGAAUCAGGCUUUCUACAAGUUGGACAAGUCCAGCCAGGUCAGAACGGUGUCCAGCAGUAAUCUGUUCUUCAAAGGAAGUAGAUUCAGAUACAGUGGCAGGGUUGCUAAGGAAGUGAUGGAGCAAAGUGCCAAAAUAAAACGGGAACCUCCAGAGAUUCACAGGGCUGGUCUGGUACCCAGUAGGAGCUGUCCUUCCAUCACCCACGGCCCAAGGCUGACCAGUGUCCCCCGACAAAGACGGAGAGCUGUACACAUCUCCAUAAUGGAGGGCCUGGAGUCCCUACGAGACUCCGCCCACUCCACACCCGUGCGUUCCGUCUCCCACGGCGACUCCUUCAUGCCGCGACACCGUCACCACACAACAGAUGCCGGCGAGGGCGGGUCAUCCCAGCGGGUCAUCUCUGACGAGGCCUACUGCCCCUCGGACAGUGUGCUGCCCACCCCCACGGCUGAACACAGCCUGGAGCUAGCCGUGGCACGCCACCCUAAUGGAGCCCCCUGCAGCAUCGAAGAGGAGGAGUCGGAGGCCGGGACUCCUGAGGGACAGGUGGCUGAGUUUGGCCCCGACGGCAGAGUGCUUCGGCUGGGUCGGACCAGGAAGUCUCUCCCUAACAACGAGGUGCAGGAGCUACAUAAGUUCAUCCUGAGUGUGUUGCGUAUGUUCCUGGUGACCAUGGGACUGCUGUUUGCCCUGCUCUCCCUCCUCAUCAUGCUGACUGAGUCUGACCUGGACAUCGCCUUCCUCCGGGACAUACGCAAGACGCCUGAGUUCCAGCAGUUCCACUUUGAGUAUUUCUGCCCUCUCAGACGGUGGGUUGCCUGCAAGUUCCGCUGGAUGGGAGGCUUCCUUAUAGACAAGUGAGAAAGACUGAGCGAUGGAGGGAGAGAAAGAAGAGUGAAUGAAAAAGAGGCCUCCUCUGAGAAGACAUACGUGAAGGAUGGAGGGAGGAUAGGAGGAAGUAAAGGAAGGCUGUAGACAGGAAGGGAGGGCUGCUCCAUCUGAAUGGGAAUUAACCUUCAAGCUUCUCCCACAAGACACUUCCUGUUACAAGCCAAGGACCGCCCCCUUCGCUGACCCUCUUCCCUUUUCUAACCAUCAGACUGAACGGAGGACAUUUUCUGAGCUCAUGUUUUACUUUGGAAAUUCAGGUCAUUUCAAGGUACUUUAUUUUUUACUAAGAGACAAGUUAACAGAGUUAUAAAACAACAUAAAAUGAGACGUCUGAGGUCUGUUAUAGGCCUGGGAGGAAACACAUAUUAUUCAACCAACAGAACAGUUGCCUUUAUUUUCUAUUACUUCAUAUGAACAUCAAUUGUAAGAGAGAAAAAAACUGUAUAAUAAUAAGAUGGAUACAAAUAUAUUAGAUGGACAUAUAAAAAUAGAGGUGUGAAGUGUUGAGUUGUGUACUGUCCAAUGAGUUUGAGCUGAGAAAGGAUGAGAGAGAGAGAUGAAAAACCAUGCCUUUUACUCAUUUGGGGUCAACAUUUAAAACAUCCAUGAUAAUCAUUCUAAUGCUGCUGAAACUUUCAUUUGGGCUGCUAUUGGAGGAGAAACAUUUCUAUUGGCAGGAGUACUGAAGUCUGGAGUCUGAAAAAGAAACAAAGAUAUGAUAUUCAAUAGAAGAUGUAAAAAGGUACGUUUUUGAAUGUACAGUACCAUUCAAAAGUUUGGACACACCUACUCAUUCCUGUGUUUUUCUUCAUUUUUACUAUUUUCUACAUUGUACAAUAAUAGUGAAGAACAGCACAACUAUGAAAUAACACAUAUGGAAUCAUGUAGUAACGAAAACAGUGUUAAACAAAUGAAAAUAUAUUUUACAUUCUUCAAAGUAGCCACCCUUUGCAGAAUGAAGAAAAAGCAGCCAACAAGUGCUCAGCAUAUGUGGGAACUCCUGUUGGAAAAGCAUUACAGGCGAAGCUGGUUGAGAGAAUGCCAAGAGUGUGCAAAGCUGUCAUCAAUGCAAAGGGUGGCUACUUUGAAGAAUCUAAAAUCUAAAAUAUAUUUUGAUUUGUAAAACACUUUUUUGGUUACUACAUGUGUUAUUUCAUAGUUUUGAUGUCUUCACUAUUAUUCUACAAUGUAGACAAUAGUAAAAUAAAGAAAAACCCUUGAAUGAGUACGUAUGCCCAAACUUUUGACUGCUACUGUACAUAUACACUGAGUAUAACAAACAUUAGGAACAGUCUCAAUUCGCCGGGGCAUGAACUCAACAAGGUGUUGAAAGCGUUCCACAAGGAAGCUGGCCCAUGUUGACUCCAAUGCUUCCCACAGUCAAGUUAGCUGGAUGUCCUUUGGGUGGUGGACCAUUCUUGAUACACACAGGGAACUGUUGAGCAUGAAAAACCCAGCAGCGUUGCAGUUCUUGACACAAACUGGUGUGCCUGGCACCUACUACCAUACCCCAUUAAAAGGCACUUAAAUCUUUUAUCUUGUCCAUUCAUCCUCUGAAUGACACACAUACACAAUCCAUGUCUCAAUGGUCUCAAGGCUUAAAAAUCCUUCAAUAACCUGUCUCGUCCCCUUCAUCUACACUGAUUGAAGUGAAUUUAACAAGUGACAUCAAUAAGGGAGGCAUUCACCUGGUGAGUCUAUGUCAUGGAAAGAGUAGGUGUUCUUAAUGUUUUGUACACUCAGUGUACUAUACUGUCUUAUAAGAAAGUUGAAGAAUAUCUGUGUAAUGACUGUGGGUGUCCUAAACUUGGAUUAUAGUUGGUUUGUUAGUUAACCAUCAUUACAAAUUGUCAGUCAUACAGUACAUCAAAACUAUAAACCAAAUGUAUGGAAUUGUUGUGUUUUCUGAUUUCAAAUGGCAUCAGAUAGAAUACUGUUACCAAUUAUUUUAAAUCAAUGUAUAAAAACUAGCAAUCAUGAGUUAAAAAAAAAACUUUCAAUCAAACUAGAUGCAAUGGUGUUCUUUGUUAUUAUCAUGUGACCUGGAAAGUACAGUAGGGGGUAGAACACAGUGGUCAACCUCUUGAAAACACUGACUAGAUGCAAUGGUGUUCUUUGUUAUUAUCAUGUGACCUGGAAAGUACAGUAGGGGGUAGAACACAGUGGUCAACCUCUUGAAAACACUGACUACAUGUGUAAUACUAUAACGAUAAAAACUAGGAGUAUUUUACGGUUGGAUAUGGUACAUUUUAGUUUAUUAAAUGUGCACUUUGAAAUGAAUAAUUCUGGUUAUUUUCCAAAGGUAUAAGAAAAUGAAAAUGCCUGCUGUGAACAUGCCUAGGUGAAAAAUACAUUUCAACUUGUAGUUGUGCUAAUGCAUUGGGUUAUUUUAAAAUGUUGAAUAUAUUGAAGUCCUGCUGAA